AUGGCUUCUCUCCAGUCAUUAGACUCAUCUCCAUCCUUCCAGAUUAUCUCCUCCCUUCGUUACGAUCCUGCGCUUCCCGGCGUGGUCGCUCAAAGAGCCGCAAACUCCUACCCCGAUCCGCUCAAGACCCCAUAUUACCUUCUUCCUUAUCAUCGCGACCGUCUCAUUAAUGCUGCAAACCAUUUUAAAUGGCAAAAGGCGUUGGAGUUUCUUCGGCGGGACUUGAAUAGUUUCGUCCAAGUACUCGAUUCCUUCAUUUCCGACAAGACAAAGCCAUGGCGUCUCCGCAUUGCCAUUGAUAGUGAUGGAACAUGUACUGUGGACGUGAAUCCAACAGCAUCAAUUGACCCGUUGAAUCUCUUAAUACCCUCUUCGUCGAGUUCACAGUCAGCCACAUGGCGCAUCUAUGUCGAUACGCAGCCUACUACCCCGUCUGGCUUCACAACACACAAGACUACGGCACGCGAUGACUACACAGCUGCACGGCUCCGGGCUGGGAUUGUUUCACCCCAGGAUCCGAUAGAAGUGUUGGUUGUAAAUCCCAAGGGAGAAGUUAUGGAAGGCAGCAUCACUACGCCGUACUUUCGACGGAGACCUGCCGUGUCCGAUGGUCAGGCCGAAGACUCCAGUCCAGAAUGGAUCACACCACCGCUGUCGAGUGGCGGCAAUUGGGGUACAACAAGGCGAUAUGCGCUGUCUCAGGGAUUUUGCCUUGAGAAGGUCAUUACAAUCGAUGAGUUGGUUGACGGUGAGGAGUGCUGGCUCAGUAAUGGAGUUAGGGGAUUUAUGCGUGGCAUAGUCCACACGACUCGCCAUCCAUCUCAGUGA